UUUGCUUGAAGUCUAUGCCACUCCACUUCAGUCCUCAUCCAUUCUCUUUCUGACAGGACACCCCCAACGUCUCUCUCUCUCGCAGGACUCUCUUUCUUUCUGGUGUUCGAUUCUUGGAGAGGGAAAAGAAAUUGGUAAAGAAUGAGUACAGGAACAAGCACUUUUGUUAUCAGAUCUAUCAACUUUCUGACAAUGCUAUUAGCUGUUGCUGUAAUUGGUUUUGGGAUAUGGAUGAGCUCUCAUAAUGAUGUCUGUCGAAAGUCUCUUACUCUCCCUGUUUUAGGCCUUGGUGCCGUCAUAUUUGUAAUAUCUAUAAUUGGGUUCUUGGGCGCGUGGAAGAGCAACUCCAUAUUGCUAUGGAUUUAUUUGAUCAUGUUGUGCUUCAUCUUGAUUGCAAUCUUGGUCUUCACAGUUUUGGCGUUUAUUGUAACUAAUAAUGGAUCUGGCCAUAAUGUAGCUGGUUUGAGAUACAAGGAGUACCAACUUCGAGAUUACAGUCCAUGGUUUCUAAAACAGCUAAACAACACCCAUAAUUGGGAGCACUUAAGGAGUUGUCUCGUGAAAUCGGAUGACUGCAAUAACCUCCCCAAGAAAUAUAAGACUCUUAAACAAUACAAACUCGCAAAACUAACCCCCAUUGAGGCUGGUUGCUGUCGACCACCAUCUGAGUGCGGCUAUCCUGUUAUUAAUGCCUCAUACUAUGACUUGAGCUUUCACCCAAUCAGUCCCGACAACGAUUGCAAAGUUUACAAAAAUUCCAAGGCAAUUAAGUGCUACAAUUGUGAUUCUUGCAAGGCCGGAGUUGCACAAUACAUGAAAACUGAAUGGAGGGUGGUUGCAAUCUUUAACGUGGUUCUUUUUCUUGUCUUGUCAAUAAUCUACUUCGUGGGAUGCUGUGCGAGACGAAAUGCUGCAAGGAACCUUUGUGAGUUGUCUAUUGUUUGUCAUUUCGUACAAACAGAAAUGGAUAUAUAUGUUGUUGUUUAUCAAUUGUCGAGUCAGAAGUUUGUUGCCGGAGUAUCUCAUUUGUGAAGCACCACAAUUGUAUAUAAGGUCUUUAUUUUUUUUAUGGUUUUUUCCAUUUGACAUUAGGAAACAGUUACAUUUAAUUCUGAACUUCUAAUAUACAUUCUUCUUGUAUUCACUAGCAUAUUGCACAGAUAUUGGACUCUGUUUGUUCUGAUGGAAAACAUUUUCUUUGGGCAAACUGUUUUCUGCAGAAAAGAAUUGGUGGUGGUGGUAGAGGGGUGGUUUUGUGGACACUAUGCAUGUUGUGUCUGUUUUGACAUAUCCAUGACGGACACAACUUACCCGAACUUGGAAUCUUCUUGCUAAUAGCCUUGCUGCUGUUUUAUGUAACUCUGGAAAAAAGAUUACGCCUGACAUUGUUGGGGCACUGGCAAUAAACAUGAUGUUGCAGUGUAGUGUAUAUGAGGGACUCUAUGCCUGUGCUUGAAAAUGUGGGAAAUUUCACCUUCCCCCACUUGAGACUCAUUUUUUGUCCAGCAAAUGCUCUCAUGCCGGCAUCUCACCUUCCCCCUCGUGGACGACUCUCCACUGUCGGCAUCUCUGUUUUCUUGACCAGGACCAUCAGGAUCACUGGAAAAAUAAAAGAAAAGAAAAAAGAAAAAGCAGCCCCUUUUUGCCAUAA